AUGACAGGGAGUUUCUUGUGGGCGCAGCGAUUAUCUACAGUCGCAUUAUUGGCCGCUGUGGUCUGCGGCGCGUCUGAAACAUGUUGUGAGCGGCUAGCCAAAGGGCUUUCACACAAGGUUAUUGCUCCCUUGAAUCCCGAAUACUUGAUAGAGAAUAAUAAAUAUUGGUCGUCAAGGAGCGUAUUGACUCCUUCGUGCAUUCUUGUACCUGAAUCCUCCUCGGACGUUGCAAAAGCUCUCAAGAUCCUAGUUAAAAAUAAUUGCGAGUUUGCUUUCACCGAUAUCAAGGUCAGCAAAGACGAAAAGUCGGUGAUCGUCGGAGCUGGAAACAGGUGGGGAGAUGUGUACACCGAGACCGAGAAGUAUGGUGUAACUGUCGCAGGAGGGCGUGUCUCAUCCGUCGGAGUGAGCGGUUUCUUGCUCGGUGGAGGCCUUUCGUUUUUGAUGCACUCGGAAGGGUUCGCGGCAAAUAGCGUGCUGUCAUACGAGGUGGUGCUCGCAAACGGGACCGUUUCUAUAGUCACAGCAAAAUCAGCCGGAGACUUGUUCAAAGCGCUCAAGGGCGGAACAGGUAAUUUUGGUAUCGCAACCUCUUUCACCCUUCAGGCCUAUGCGAUCAAGGACGUUUAUGCCGGAAAUCUCUACUACACUCCGGACAAGUACGACAUGCUUUUCCCGAUCAUGGAGCAAUUCGCUCGUACAGAAUUGUCUUCCGACCUUUCUAUUGCCUUAAAAAUUCUAGUUGAAGAUGACUGCGAAUUCGCUAUACGAGGCGGAGGACACACUCCCAAUCCGGGCUGGGCCAGCACCAAUUCCGGAGUCCUCAUAUCUUUGUCCGGGCUCACUGCCAUCCAAGUCAGUCAAGACAAACAGUCGGUGGUCAUCGGAGCCGGAAACCGAUGGGGAGAUGUGUAUUCAAAGAUUGGUGAGUAUGACGUUACCGUCACAGGAGGUCGAAUCUCUCCUGUUGGAGUGAGCGGGUUCCUCCUGGGUGGCGGUCUAUCGUAUUUGAUGCACUCGAAAGGGUUUUCAGCAAAUAACAUCUUAUCAUACGAGAUCGUACUCGCCAAUGGGACUAUUUCUACGGUCACAGCAGAGUCAGCUGGAGACUUGUUCAGAGCACUCAAGGGUGGUACCGGCAACUUUGGACUCGUCACUUCUUUCACGCUUCAAACCUAUCCAAUUAGUCAAGUCUAUGCCGGAAAUCUCUAUUAUUCUCCAGACAAUUACGAUGCUCUUUUCCCACUUAUGGAAGAAUACGCUUGCAAAGGUGUCGAAUCGGAUCCCAAUCUCAUGUGA